AUGCUGACCAGCAUGGCUAACCUGGCGUCGACAUUUUGGAAUCAGGGUUGGUGGGAGGAGGCUGAGAAGCUGUUUGUGGAGGUGAUGGAGACGAGCAAGACGAAGCUUGGGGUUGACCAUCCUGACACGCUGACCAGCAUGGCUAACCUGGCGUCGACGUACAGGAACCAGGGCCGGUGGGAGGAGGCCGAGAAGCUGGAGGUGGAGGUGAUGGAGACGAGCAAGACGAAGCUUAGGGUCGACCAUCCCGACACGCUGACCAGCAUGAACAACCUGGCAUUCACUUAG